AUGAAACAAGAGGAUGAGCUGAAGUUUCCUCCAUUAACUGUCUCACUAUUCAUUGAAUCGAGUCAGGUCGUCUCAUCGUCGACGAGCACAUUGCAAGUAGCUCUUUCCGCCUCUGUCUUAAUUACCAAUGUGGACUCAGUUUCCGCUUUCAUUGUCGUUGUGCCUAGGAAGUUGCAGACGGAUGACCUCGCCAUUGUUCGUCUUUUCCGAAAGAAUACUCCUUCUGUUUGUCUACAUUACCAAUUUAGCUUCCAGGAGAGGGUGUGGACAAGCUCCUGA